CAUUAUGAAGCGUCUAACUACUCAGCACCUGGAUGUACAUGUCUUUCCUCGUUUUCUAGGUUUAUUCCAGCGGUGUCGUUCUUCCCCUCCACCACCAGAUGCUCCACCUAAGGGGCAGCUUCGUCUUCACUCCCUGCCUGGAGCCUUUGUAUUCAUAGGGAUUCUUUUUGUUUUAAUAGGACUUAUCGUGGCUGUGAUCGGCUACUGGCCCAACAAAUCUAGUAGCCUUUCACAAGCCAUCCAACCCCCACAGCCCAGACAAUCUGUAGAGAAACUGAAACUGAUCGGUCCAGUUCUAAUGGGAUUUGGGCUGUUUGUGUUUAUAUGCGCCAAUACACUUUUGUAUGAAAAUAGGGAUAUGGAGACAAGGAGACUUCUCCAAAACAGGGUCGGUACACGAAGGCCUACAGACAUUGCUAUAUCUGCGAGCAACGGGGUUAAAGUGCAAAGUCAGAACACAUGGAGUGACAGCUCUGGGGAGCUGGACAACAGAAGGAACAUAUUAAUCAGGGCACAGCUUUUGUGUCCACCCAUUAAUGACCUGUCUGUAUCGCUUGUGAGCCUGCACUCCGAUCCAUGUAUUUCAUCCCUACCACAACUGGCAGGCAGGCUUAGACAUAAGGAGAACGAGAGGUGCUACAGCUCUGAUAUCAGGCUGAACAUAGGGCAGAGAACAGCAAAAGAGGCUGCUGCAGUACCACACAGGGGUACAAAGUGUCGGAGCUGGCCAAGGCUGGAGAAUGGAGAAGAGAAUUGCCCAGAAGUACUUGUUACUAUGGAGGAUGAAUUAGAUGGAACCAGAGAAAGCAGCCAAGAGACUGUGCCAGAAGUUGCCUAAAGGAAUGGCUAGAUGGACGCAAUGUCAAUGGACCAAAUACUUUGCAGGGUUGUUGG